AUGUCUGUCAUAGUGGCUUUUCACAGCCCUCCUGCCAAGAUCAAGGAGGAGCCCCAGAGCCCCUCGGAGCUGUCCUGCAGCCACAGCAGCCAGCAGUGCCUUUAUGCCAGUGCCUAUGACCAGCUCAGAGAGUCCCCCAGCCCCGGAGUCCUGACCCAGCCACCACUGCAGCAGUUCCCCAGACAGGACAGGAGGUUCCUGAGCCCUGCAGGGCCACCCCGCUCCACAUCCAGCUGUGGAUUCCUCAGUGAGAACAGCUCUGCCUAUCAGCCACCUCUGGAGAUGUGCCAUUCCUUCCCACCCUCCCAGGAAGACUCCAUUGCCUACCAGUGCCAGCUGCCCAAGCCCUGCCUCCAGUACCCCCAGCAGGGCUUCAAACAGGAGCAGCACGACCCCCAGUACGAGCAAGCAAAGCAGGCAGGCAGCAGGCAGCAGCUCCCAGCAGCUGGGCUGGUCAAGCAGGAGCAGCUGGAUUACCUGUACGAGCCAGAUGUUCCUGACUGUCCUUCCAUGUACAUAAAUGCUGAGAGUUUUCCAAGCCAUUCAAAUACAGAAGAUCCAUUAGGCUGCAGCUAUGACAAACAGAUGAGGUCCUUUAUGGAUGAUGUCUGUGUUGUUCCAGAAAAAUUUGAAGCAGGAGACAUCAAGCAGGAAGGUGGAGGGUACCGGGAAGGACCCCCCUACCAGAGACGGGGCUCGCUCCAGCUCUGGCAGUUCCUCGUGGCUCUCCUGGACAACCCCACCAACUCCCACUUCAUUGCCUGGACUGGCAGAGGAAUGGAGUUCAAGCUCAUUGAGCCAGAGGAGGUGGCCAGGCUCUGGGGCAUCCAGAAGAACCGUCCAGCCAUGAACUACGACAAGCUGAGCCGCUCACUGCGCUACUAUUACGAGAAAGGGAUCAUGCAGAAGGUGGCCGGGGAGCGCUACGUGUACAAGUUUGUGUGUGAGCCCCAGGCCCUGUUCUCCAUGGCCCUCCCCGAGCAGCGGCCGGCGCUGAAGGCGGAGCUCAGCGAGGAGGACACAGUGCCCCUGUCCCACCUGGGGGACAAUGGCUCCUACCUGCCAGAGCUUGGCAGCUUCCCUCCACAGCUCUACAGCAAAGGCUACACCUACUAG